GCUCUUUCAGGAAGUUAUCAAUUGAACACAUUACACACACACUUUAUUUCCCCGCGGCAUCUGUCUGGUUCACACACUCUCAGCCGAAGAUUAUUCCCAUAACUAAUAAUCAGAAUGGAACCUCAGCCGUCGUCAAUGACAGAGUUCUGCACUUUGAAGCAAAGCUGAGUGAGUGUCUGUCAGGGUGAAGUUUGGCGAGAUGCGGCUGUACUACCGUCUCCUGAUACUUUCUCUCUCCUUCUGGACGUCCCAUUCAGUGUUUAAAAUACCAUUGAAAAUAUUUUCUGGGAAUUUCGACCCGUCUGUGCAGCUGGACCUCCGGCCUUUGCGACAGAAUGAAGGCGCAGUGGAGAGCGGACUGUCCCUGGCGUCAGACCCAGCGGGCAUCGUCAACUUUCUGGACAUGAUCAAUAAUUUAAAAGGAGACUCUGGUAGGGGAUAUUACAUGGAGAUGGUCAUUGGGACUCCGGGACAAACGCUAAACAUCCUGGUUGAUACUGGAAGCAGCAACUUUGCUGUAGCUGCAGCAGCACAUCCCUACAUCACACACUACUAUGACAGAGCACUUUCCAGUACAUAUCAGAGCACUGGGAGAGCAGUUGCAGUAAAAUACACUCAGGGAGAAUGGGAGGGGGAACUGGGAACUGACCGCAUCACCAUUCCUAAAGGGCCCAAUGGGACCAUCACCAUCAACAUAGCUUCAAUCCUCACCUCAGAAGGCUUCUUUCUGCCUGGAAUCAACUGGCAGGGAAUUCUUGGACUUGCUUAUCCUCUACUGGUUCGGCCCGACCCGUCAGUGGAACCCUUCUUCAACUCUGUUGUGCGGCAGACUGGGAUUCCAGAUGUGUUUUCUCUCCAGAUGUGCGGAGCAGGAGUCUCAGCCAGCACUACAGCUGACCCAGCGGGCGGCAGCUUGAUCAUGGGAGGAGUUGAGCCAACCUUGUACCAGGGUUCAGUUUGGUACACACCAAUCCUGGAAGAGUGGUACUAUCAAGUGGAAGUCUUGAAGCUUGAAGUUGGAGACCAAAAUUUAAACCUAGAUUGCAAAGAGUACAACUCGGAUAAAGCCAUUGUGGAUAGCGGGACGACUCUACUGCGACUUCCUGAAAAUGUGUUUAGUGCUGUGGUGGACGCCAUCAUGCAAACAUCAUUGAUUGAGGAUUUCUCUGCUGGAUUUUUUGACGGCACUAAGCUUGCGUGUUGGAUGAGAGGAGAAUCACCAUGGAGGCUUUUCCCCAAACUCUCAAUCUACCUCAGAGCAACGAACACCAGCCAGUCCUUUCGCAUCACCAUCCACCCACAGCUGUACGUCCAGCCAGUCACAGAUAUCGACGGGACAUUGGACUGUUUCCGGUUCGGAGUCUCCCCUUCAGCCAAUGGCUUAGUCAUUGGAGCCACUGUGAUGGAGGGCUUCUACGUCAUCUUUGACCGUGCACAAAAGAGGGUGGGCUUUGCUGUUAGCACAUGUGCAGAAAACGGCGGUGUACCGUUUGCAGAGAUCGCCGGGCCGUUCCUCGCCGAGGGCGUAGCGUCCGACUGCACCAGAGGCACGUCUCUUCGGGAGCCGAUGAUGUGGGUGAUCGCAUACACUCUGAUGGGCGUAUGUGCAGCGGUCCUGAUCGUGCUCCUCAUCCUGCUCAUCCUGCCCUGCCGAUGCCACCGGGACGGAGAGAUCACGGACGAGUCCUCGCUGGUGCGCCAUCGCAUCAAGUGACGUCAGGCGUUGAUGGAGGACGAGAGCAGGGCUGAAGGGACCUCAGGGCAGGUAACAGGCGAACACACUGCACUGAGCUCUGGGUGAGGGACUUUCCCCAAAACAUCAAGAUGCCUGGAUUUAAACACUUCUGGACACUUUUUACGGUAGAUUGAACUUUUCAAGCAGGACAACACUACUGAACGAUGAAGGAGUCAUGAUUAUACAUGUGAUUUUUAUAGUAAUCAUAAAUAAGUGCCAAAAUAUGAGCAUCAACAUUACCCUGUACUUCAAAGUAUGCUGCUCUUUUUAUUCUUACUCUUCAAUAUAAUUGUGUCACUUAAGCUACUGGAAAUCAGCAAUGAGGUUCGUGGUCCAAUGAAGCAAAGUUUAUGUACUGUUCGCAUCUAGAGGCUUUGGUUUCCUUUUAGACUUCACCCCAAAAUAAAAAUUUGUCAUAAUGUA